AUGCUGGUUUCACCGAAGGAACCUGGCUCUUUCAAGGUGAGCGACAACAAAAACGAUGCUUGUAGCCACAAAGCUUAUUCAAUGUCUCAGGAAUCUGUAGGAAACUCAAAUGAAAAUUGUUCCAAAAGGGUCAGAAAUAUCCGUACUAGAAGGCCAAGAUUCAGAUUCAGGAAGGACAUGAAAACAGAUGGUACAUGUUACAAUCUAAUAACCUCUAUUGAGUACUUGAAUGAAAAAUAUGGUAUCAGAAAGACGCACUAUAUCGAAAAAUUUCUUAAAUGCAUUCACAAAAAAAUGGAUCAAGGUGUUAAUAGAAUCAGUAAUGACUACGUCGAGAGGCUGGACCCAUGGGCUAAAGUUAAAUUUUUCCUUUUGCUGAUUAUGCUUUCACAAAGAGGUGGACCUGAGUAUUGGAUGGACAAGAAUGAUCAAGAGAAAGAUAUUUCUUCAAACGUUAAACAGAACCAGCAAGAAAUCAAAAAAAAAGGAAGUAGUAUGGAAAACAACUUUUUCUCCCUGACAGAACAUAUAAUGAGGCAAAAUAUCAAUCGUGAGUUUACAGAAAGUACGUACGAUGAAAACUACGUUUUCUCAAGUAUUUGGGCUAACUUCAUGGAAGGUUUGAUAAAUCAUUAUUUGGAGCAAAUAAUCGUACCUCGUUCGGAAAUGAAAGUGUGUCAACAAUUGUAUAAACCUAUGAUGAAAAUCAUAUCACUGUACAAUGAGUACAAUGAAUUGAUGGAGAAAAGCGAGCGCAAUGGCUUUUUACCUUCUAUGACUGAAGAUGACAAACUAGAAGACGGAGAAAGGGAAACCACUGAAGAUGACAAACUAGAAGACGGAGAAAGGGAAACCACUGAAGAUGACAAACUAGAAGACGGAGAAAGGGAAACCACUGAAGAUGACAAACUAGAAGACGGAGAAAGGGAAACCACUGAAGCCAAUAACACUGGUGACUCUAAAGAAUCAGAUAAAGCUCAAAACAAAGAUAAUGUAACACAAGAACGUCUACAAAGAGCGCAAAAAUUGCUAUGGCAGGCGCGGCAAGAUAUACCAAAAACUAUUAGUAAAGAAUUGACUUUACUCUCAGAAAUGUACUCAACAUUGUCUGCUGACGAACAAGAUUACGAAUUGGAUGAGUUUGUUUGUUGUGCAGAGGAGUAUAUAGAACUGGAAUAUUUACCAAGCCUAAUUGAUGUACUUUUUGAAAAUUGCGGUACUAUGCAGUUUUGGAAAAUCAUGAUUGUUUUAGAACCCUUUUUCUACUAUAUUGAAGAUGUUGGUGACAAUAUAGGAGAAGACGAUGAGAUUGUGGCUGAAGACGAUAUCGGAGACGAACUGUACGAUACGGGCUUAGCGAGUAAUGAGGCCGAUCUCGACAGAAUGGAUCAGAAGUUCAAACCCGAUCAACGGGUUGUGAUUCUGGAGAAAAUAUGUGAGGUCGCCGCAAGACAAAAGUGGAUUUAA